ACUUGCUUCGCUCCCCGCGUUUGUGCUGUUCAGCUGUCCGUGACGGGUGUGGGAAGGCGAAGCCGGGGACCGUCGGCUGUUGACGUCAUGGUCGUGGUCCGUCGGGCCGUAUCUGUUGUGUUUUGUUCGGUCCCGAAGAAUGUGAUGUGCACACUGGUGCUGUAGCCUGUGCCGGGCGCUGUGAUCUUUGUGUGGGAACGUGUGUGUGUGUGUUUGCCUGUGUGCAUCGCGUGCUUGUGUGCGCGCGUGUGCCAUGCCUGGGUGUGCCGUCUCCUGAGGAGCAAUGUUCCGCUGUAUUCCACUGUUCCGUGGGUGCAACCGUCAAGUCGAGUACAUCGACAAGAGACACAGUAACUUGUUCAAUAUACCGGACGAUGUGCUGAGGUACGCGAGGACGUUAGAAGAGCUGCUCCUAGAUGCCAAUCACAUUCGCGACCUGCCGAGAGGCCUUUUCCGACUCACGAAGUUGCGGAGGUUAAGCGUCAACGACAAUGAAAUCUCCCAGCUUCCAGCGGACAUUGCCAACUUGAUGAACUUGGUCGACUUGGAUGUGAGCAAAAACGAUAUUCAAGAAAUACCGGAGAACAUUAAGUAUCUCAAGUCCCUCCAGAGUGCAGACUUCAGCAGCAAUCCACUUUCCAAACUUCCUGCUGGUUUUGUACAACUUCGAAGCUUAACAGUAUUGGGCCUUAACGAUGUGUCAUUAACGCAACUGCCCCACGACUUUGGAAGUUUAUCAAAUCUUGUGUCCUUGGAACUGCGGGAAAACUACUUGAAAGGCUUGCCACUCUCGUUUGCAUUCCUUGUCAAACUUGAGCGGCUAGAUCUUGGGAGCAAUGACUUCGAAGAGCUGCCUGUCGUUGUGGGGCAACUCUCCAGCCUCCAAGAGUUGUGGCUUGACUCUAACGAGCUUUCUACCCUGCCUAAGGAAAUCGGGCAGCUGAGGCGGCUCAUGUGCCUUGACGUGUCUGAGAAUAAGUUGAGCCACCUGCCAGAUGAACUCUGCGACCUGGAGUCUCUGACGGAUCUGCACUUCUCGCAAAAUUACUUGGAGUCCUUGCCUGAAGACAUCGGCCGGCUAAGGAAGCUCACCAUCUUCAAGGUUGACCAAAACAGGCUGGGAAGCCUGCCAGAGUCGAUUGGGGACUGUGUGAGCCUGCAGGAGUUGAUCCUGACCGACAACCUGCUGACGGAGCUGCCCGCAUCAAUCGGUCGACUGGUGAACCUGAACAACCUGAAUGCUGACUGCAACCAGCUGUCCGAGUUGCCAGCAGAGAUCGGUCAGCUGGUGCGGCUGGGCGUGCUGUCACUGCGCGAGAACUGCCUGCAGAAGCUGCCGCCUGAGACUGGCACGCUGCGGAGGUUGCACGUGUUGGAUGUGUCAGGAAACAGGCUACAAAAUCUACCUUUGACAGUGACUGCAUUAAAUUUGAAGGCAUUGUGGUUGGCCAAGAACCAGUCUCAGCCAAUGCUCAAGUUCCAGACAGACUUGGAUGAAGUGACGGGCGACAAGGUUCUCACAUGCUUUCUGCUGCCACAGCAGGAUGACCAUACGGAAAGCAUGGAAAAUUUGCUGCGAGACAGUACAGAACAGGACAGUCGGCUGAGUUGGGACCAAAAGGCUGAGAAUCGUGCUUCAGCUGUCAAGUUUGUUGAAGAGGCUGUUGAGGAUAAAUUGGACAAGGAACUUGAGACUCAAUUUGUUCGUCAUGACACUCCUCAUCCAAGGGAACUGAAGGCGCGGCACCAGAAGUUUGUGCAGAAGACCAAAAACAUCGAUGGUCACGUGAUGUCGCAUUCGGAUGAGGAUGGUGAAGUUGGUGUGUACAGACCACAUCGAGCCAGCACUGGGUCCAUGCAAUCAGCAUCAUCUAUCGAGACAGCACCUUGCCAGUCACGAGAAGGUGAGCCUGCUGGCCGACCUAACAGUGCAAGCGACCAGGAGCCCGACGGACGGCCCGUAUCUGUUUCCGAGGAGGAAGCUCGGCACAUGGCGCGGGUUGCGCACAACGGAAUGGCCCCAACAGCUCAGCAGGCCAGUGGCAGCCCAGAGUCCUCGGGAGACGAGGAUGACAAAAGGGAAGCGGACCGCCGUGUGGCAUUUACACAUGAUGGGCCUGAAGAACCGGCAGACCGACAGAAUAGACUUCAUCGGCGAGACACUCCUCACCACCUAAAAAACAAAAGAAUACAUGUUGGCAGUACUCGGGAGGACCAGGAGAAGGUGGCAUCUAUAUUGAUGCAAGCUCUUCAUCGACCAGAAGGCGAAGAACCAUUGCCUCCACCGCCUCCUUCUCCACCGCGAGAGCGCCACGCAGUUGAUUCUGAAUCGGAGCUGGACGGGGCAAACACAUCAUUUGGAGAAAGCAUUGCCCCUGCUACAGUUGUCGAGGAGCACAUGAGGAUAUACGUGGAAAGGAAUGCUUCGGGUCUUGGCCUCAGCGUGGCUGGCGGGAAAAAUUCAACACCAUUCAAAGGGGAGGAUGAGGGUAUAUUUAUUUCUAAGAUAACCGAGGGUGGACCAGCAGAACAGGCGGGGCUGAAAGUUGGCGACAAGAUUCUCUCUGUGAACAAUGCAUCUGUGGUGGACAUUGACCACUACGAGGCUGUGAAUACACUGAAGGCGGCAGGCAACAAGAUCUCUCUGCUUAUAGCACGAGAAGUUCAGCGGCCCACAUCAUCUUUGGCGAGGGAGCCAGUGACAGCGGCAGCAGUAGCACAGUCUAAGGUACCACUGCAGCCGGUGCACUCGGAGCCUCUUCGUCCUUUGGAGGAAGAGCCCCUUUCCUUACCAAAGACAUCACCCAUAUCUGUGCCUCACCAGAGGGUGCGACUCCCACCGGCAAGUGGAGGACCUCAGAACCUGCUGGCUCCCUUGCCAACGGGAGAUGGUGACAUGCGCUCACUCCCAACGACACCAGAACCGCGAACGCCUGAACCAGACUUUGAGACCAAACGAGAGAUCAUCUAUACCACGUUGAUUAGGGACCACAAUGGCUUGGGCUUCAGCAUAGCUGGAGGAAAAGGAGGCACACCGUACAAAGAUGGAAGCCAAGGCAUCUUCAUAUCACGGAUAGCAGAGGGUGGAGCCGCAGCGCGUGACGGCAAGCUGCGUGUUGGGGAUCGUGUUCUGUCCAUCAACGGCAUCGACAUGGACGGAGUGCGGCACGAUCAGGCCGUGGCCAUGCUUACGGGACUCGAACGCUUUGUGCGACUGGUUGUGCAAAGAGAGGAACUAGUGCUGAGGGACCCCAAUGCCAGACCCCAGCAGCAGCCAUCGCUUCCCACUGUCACGACCCUGACGACGUCUGCGACGACAACCACCAGGCCCUACGGGGGAAGUCUGUACUCUUCCUCGUCGUACAUGGCCAACCGGCCGUCGUAUCUGGGUGGAUACAAGAGGCCGGGUCCCAUCGGCAGUGUCGGAGGUGCUGUUGAGGAGGCAGCUGCUGGUGACAAGCAACCUGCAGGCACAAAGACAACAUACUCCAUCUACACCAAGCUGCCAGGGCUGAGGAACGACACCACGACCUUGACGGGGAGUUCAGCACAUCCUGGGCUCCCUCACCAGCCAUACUCGUUCCCCAGUGCACAGCGAGAUCCCCCCUUGCCCGCAGCACAUCCUUCGGAGCCAAUCUAUGCCAACAGUGGGGACCAUGGUGGUCUUGGCACCUCAUUGUCGUCAUUUCGACCAGCUCGUGUCAUGCCCCAUGGAACAAAUGCCAUUGGCAAUGGCUUCCCCCCGUCUGCGGGAGGUGUGCAGACGGCCACUUCGAACCUGUCAUCUUCACCGUCGUCCCAGCGGUUGAAAGGUCCCCUGGUGACGGUCACGAUUCAGCAGCCAGAUCCCUACGCGCCUCUGGCCGCUGAGUUUCCCCCAGCACCAAAGACCCUGGGACGCACCACUGAGGUGAUCACACGAACGACUUUAACCGAGACGACAACAACGCGGGUCACCAACAAUGUCCUGUCACUAACACCUGGUUCAGAAGAGGACGUCACUCUUGUGAAAGCUGGUGGCCCUUUGGGCUUGAGUAUUAUUGGCGGUACGGAUCACCCUUGCCACCCAUUCGGUGCCGAUGAGCCCGGUAUCUUUGUGUCCAAGAUUGUGCCCGACGGAGCAGCGUCAAAGUGUGCAAGGCUACGAGUGGGUGACCGCCUGCUCAAGGUUAACGGCUUGGAUGUGACUGAGUGCACACACCAGGACGCUGUGAUGGCCUUGCUGGACCCAUCGUACCAGGUGGUCCUCACCGUUCGCCAUGACCCACUCCCCACGGGUUGGCAGGAGCUCAUGAUUCAGCGAGAGCCGGGAGAAAAGCUAGGGAUGAACAUCAAGGGAGGUGUCCAAGGGCAUUCCGGGAACCCGGCCGAUCCAACUGAUGAAAGCAUUUUUAUUUCAAAGAUAAACACGAAUGGUGCAGCACUUAGGGAUGGCAGGCUCAAACCAGGAAUGCGAAUUGUUGAGGUGAAUGGCCUGUCUCUGCUGGGAGCUACACACCAAGAAGCUGUAAACAUUCUGAGGACUGCAGGCGACACGAUACGGCUUGUGGUUUGUGAUGGCUACAAUGCAGCUACGACUCCAGGUGGCGACUCGCCUGGUCAGGGAGGCUCGCUGAAGGCUGCCGCCUCUGUGUCCUCCAUUGACCACGAGGACGAGGUGACACUUGCCCUGAGAGAGGAGCAAAGUGCACUCAGAGAAACAGCCCAGUGGGAAAAAGAGGACCGUGAUACCAUAGAAAGGCUGAAGAAGGAAAGGGACGCAGACUCGCACAGCUUGCACAGCUUCACCUCUGUCUCCUCACAGCACUCGGGCAAAGCACUGGCCACGUUGCCCGUCGAUGGCAAGGCAGUGGCACUGCCCGCAGAUAGCAAGUCAGUGGAGCAGCGUGUCAUGGAAGUGGUUCGAGCCGCCGAGCAGCUUGUGAGUCCUGCCCUGGCGGCAGCUGCGACAUCGGUGACGCCACCAGCCACCUCCGUGCCUGCAAGCGAGCAGAAGACUACAACUGUCAUCAUGACCAAGAAGUCAGUCAGCCACCCGCCAGCAUCAGCAGCAGCCACGCUCGUCAGAAGUGACCGGCCCCAGGUAUCACCUCCUCCCCCAUCCACAUCAACCUCCUCUGCCCCAUCAACCCUCCGGCACCGUGUUUCCCCCCCUCCUCACUCUGGUGAUGAUGUCUUCCUCCCCCCUUCCCUACCUCGGGACGAUCACGCUGGUGGUGGUGGUGUCGGCAGCCCCGUGGAAAAUGGUGGGACGCUUCCUCCUCCUAGCAUCACUUCUCUCCCAACGGAGCCCUCUCGGCCCAGCAAACCUUCCAAACUUAGCCUGGGUCCUAAGCCUGUUCCCCCUCCCAAGCCAAAAAAGCUCCAGGGCAUGGUGACGGAGCCUGAGUCGCUGACGUUCAUUGAGAAAAAGCACCACUUUGAAAGCACGCAGCAGCAACAGGGCUCGCUUCACGGUACCCAGGCAACGGAAACAAAGCGCUUCAGCUUCUUGUCUGAAAACGAACUGCAGAAACUGCGAGAGGAGCAGGAGAGCAAGCACGAUGGCAGGUGGUCACGCCAAGAGGGAAGCUGUGAGGAGGAGGAGAUUGAUGAGGAAGAAGAGGAAGCUGAUGACGAUGUAAACAUGCCUCCCGUUGCUGCACAACACAUGGCUGCAACUGAAGUUGACAGCCCGAUGUCAGUAGAGACGGAGCCUGUGCGGCAAGUGCCCAUCCCAGCUGUGCGCACCCUAAAAGCAGAACGGCGUCUUCAGGAGCGCCAGCUGCAGCAGUGUGGCGAGGAAACGAAUGAAGGCACACAUCACCUGGGCCUCACUGACGCUGAGCAGAGGGCACUUGAGGCUGAAAAGAGGGCGGCAUGGCGACAAGCUAGAAUGAAGUCACUAGAAGAAGAUGCAGUCCAGGCUCAGGCCAUGCUGGCCCACAUGACAGAGGGUGUAGAGGCCAGACCUGUGUCUCCCUUAUUUAAGGCUGUCGACAUCAACAUUGACGAUGCUGCCGAGAAGCAAACAGCAAGGGAGCAUACGACGAGGGAUGCCUAUGACGAUGAAAAUAGGAACAACCUGGAGCAUGCAGAACUUGAUUCUGACAGGGAGCAGAGCUUGGGGCACAAGGCGCUGCUCGGCGACGAAGAGCUGCCUCGGCUGGUGCUGACGCUGCGCGACGGGCAGACAUGCACGGUGGAGCGGGAGCACGUCGUGGACGAGACGGUGUCCCGCCGCAUUGAGCGAGUCAUCGAUCCCCACACUGGGGAGUCCCGCCUGCGCACGCUCGAGUUUGUUGAGAAAGUGGUCGAGAAAGAGAUUGAGACCACAACCGAGAAGAUCCUUUCUUUGGAGUUACAUGGGAGGCAUCAAGAUGCCACCAAUGAUAAUGCACGGUGGCCGACUAGCACCCAGGAUGUCCGGAGCAUCUCGGGUACACACUCCUACUGCUGACAAGGGAACUGCAAGGAUGAGGCUGGCGGUGAUGAAGGAGACCUUCCUUCUCCCACGUCUGAUCAAGGGCCAGGCCCAGCGCUAGCCAAGAAGAAAAAACGGAGGCGGUCCAAGCGCAGAUGAGACUGCCAGUGCACCGACAAGCGUCUGCUUCCAGUUGGGAGAAAGAGGGAAGGCCCCCAGGUUGUCAUACCCCGAGCAGUCUGUUGCUCCUCCUCCCAGUGCAACUCCUACACCCUUCAUCAUUUCAUCGUGUGCAACUGAAACACUGUGUGUUUUGCAUUCGUUCCGUCCUCCCCUCCUGUUUCUGUUAUGGUUUGCACCUUCAUUAAGAACGCGAGAGGCGCGUAUUUGCACUGCAAGGCAGCUUUUAGGCCGUCUCAUACACACGUGACAAGCCGAUUGGUUGUGUGGACGAGGGCGAACAGUGUGUGCUUGUAAACCUGACUUGGCUAUUCUUUUGCUGCAGCCUGAGCACUUUAACAGUGGGUAAUUUGUUGUUGGUAUUACAUAGUCUCGCUGGAACAUCUGCUUGCACGCAGUAAUUUGUUAGUUUUUAUUUCAUGUUGCGGAGACGUUCUGAGUGUUACUGCACCAUUGAUAAUUUAUAGUGCCUUCUAUAGACAUAUAACUAUUUGCAUAGUAAUAAGGGCCAUUGUUUAUUUGACCCCACGUGAUGUAUUAGGCAUGACGAUGCAACUACAAUUUUCAAUAAAAUUUUCAGCGACCUAGCACACCUGUCAUUUGUGCUACCGGAAUGCUGGUAUAGGCAAGGUCUGUAUAGGUCAAUGCUACCCCAUUACUAAAUGCAGGCCAUUUGCCCAGCAUAAAUUCAGCUCUCUCAUUUUUAUUCAUGCGUUAUUGGCAUUGCAAUUGGCUGUUUUAGCUGCUUGCUAAAACAGACAUACGGCUGGUUGGUCGUCUAGCAUUCACACAAGUUAGGUCUCAGCAUUGAUCCAGUGCCAGGUGUGCUAACAUUCGGUGCAACAGGAGCGUGCAAUUCGUGAACUGAAUACAUUUGGCAGGCCGUUUCACCAGUUGUGUUGGCACCUAUGCUUCAUUUUAAUGAAAUUCUCCUUAUUCAGACUUUUUAUCCUUGUGUUGUCCUCGUGAUGUGCUCAGCAGCUGUGUUUCAUGCUCUCCCGGCAGCGUCGCAGCCUGGCGUUGUAGACGGGAGCUGCCCUUGUGAAUGAUCCUGUCCUGUCCUACACUUUGCAGUUUUCCGAGGCAAAGUGUUGUUGGCAGACAGGAAUGGAAAGGCUAAAGGAUUCGGUAUUCUAUCACAUUCAAAAUUAAGAAAUGGAUAGAACUCUAGAAUACCACCAGAUUUUUCCUCUUGCUUUUAAUCUUAUUACUUGGCUGUUUUCCCUCAUGUUACCCCUUCUAUUUUUGAUCAUUCUCAGUCAUCGCAAAACAUUCUCAUCAGAUUUUCAUAAGCGUUACUGCACUCUGCUUGUUCAUCUAAUUGCAUAGACUGUUGGAUUACGCCAUUGUUUAAGUCCUUUUUGAAUUUUUUAGCUGUUGGCAUGAAAUGCUGAUUAGAACUUUAGUCCACAGAGGGUGUGUUCCAAUACUCACCGUAGACAGCUAAAUAGACAGCUAAAUGGACGGCGACCAUCUUAAGUCCCAUUCAAAUUCUCACUUAGCCAGCAAAAUAGACAGCCCCUAGAAGACCCCAUCGUAGACAAAUAUGAUGCAGGCUACUUUGCUCUCCAAACAGGAUGGCGGCUCAGCGAAUUGCUCAGAUAGAUUGGAUCUCCCUGGAAUGGCUGUCUGCACACAAGCAGACACUUCUCUAGACACUCCAUGUGAGUAAUGUUAAUGUUUUUUUUUUAGAUUUCAACACAAAAUCGGCCAGAACAUACAGCAGUUACAUUUCUCUUAGCUUUCUCUUCUCGGCACGAGGUGGCGCCUUGUCAAGUAGAAGCCGUCCAGACGUGUUCCAUUUCUUGGACAGCAUGGGCUCGGUGCUGUCUUCUAAGCUGUCUGCGUAAACUGUCUAUGAUGCUGUCCAAGAAUUGGAACACAGCCAGAGCAAGGAAAGCAGGCCAAAGACAAGUUAGCAACAUGACCUGCUUAAGUGAUGAAAGGGACACCAGUUGUACUCUUCCCUAUGCCAGUGUUACAAGGUUAUACCUUUUCUUCAUUCUUUCUAUUGAAUGACUUGUUACUGAUUUGCAUGACAAAGUACACAAGCAAUUUUAUAGUCUGAUAGCUAAAUUCUACCACUAGCUCGGUAAUAAAAUUGUUAUUCUUUUGCGUGCUGUGCAAGCACUAGUGUACGCUAUUGUUGUUUGAUGAUGUUUGGGGUUGAUCAAACCAACAAUGAACUUGUAAGCUCUAUGCAUGAGUGGUUUUUAUCUCCAUUUCUGUGAGCGGGUUAUUUCUCUAGCUAUGCCCCGACCUUCUCACAUCUUUCUGCCAGGUUUCUCGGCACUCGUUGUUCUAUUUUCACUCCUAUCUCCAAGCGUUUUAUACCUCACAGUGUGACUAUUUAUUCAUCAUUAAACGCUGGCAGUCUCCAUCCUCCCCUUUUAAUUAAUUUAUCUGCUGAGCUGUAGCGUGGGCCCUUUGGCACGCACAAUGCUUGAAACGAGAGUUUCGUGCUUGGCAUAGUUCAGUUUUAUUAUUAAAUUUUUAAGCGCAAUAACUAGAGUGCGUGACCUUUUCAUUUAAGAAGCAACCUUUUUGUUACGUGUUACCACUUUAGUGAGCAGCGUGACACCAAGAAUCUAUCGUUUCUUUUCAUUUUACCUUAACCUGUAAGGAUAGUGACCACAAAAAAGUGCUUCAAAAGUGAAAUUGGUCAAAUCUUCCUUUUAAAACCGGAGGGCAAUGCACCUGACAUCACACGAUCCUGUACAACACUGCGGGCAGUGAAAAACAAUUGUACCUCCUGCGUGAUGCUCUCUGGCACUUGCAAGUCUUCAUUUUAUGUGGUUGCACUUAGUGACUACCCUUUUUUUUUGGAUGUGGUUGAGGUUGCAUUUCGCAUUCAUUGAACGUGGAGCUCUUUUUUUUUCUAUUACUCGCUGCAUUCUUACGGGACUAACGCUUCGUAAUGUUGUUCUAGUGCUUCAGUUUUCAAAGCUGUACUUGUUUUGGCACUAUAACAAUGUGGACUGUUCCCUCGUGUUUGAAACAUUCCCCUUUUAGGUGCACUUAAAUGUUGUGAUGAAAAAAAAAAAAAAGUGAUCCACCACAUGUUUGUCUACUGCUGUCUCUUUUGGCGUGAUACUUCUGCCGUUUCAGCUGUGUUCGAGUUCCCUUCGUAGGCAAAGUUUUGCAUCCUUUGUAACGGCCACCAUUCUUUCCUAACAGCAAAGAUCACAAUAUGGAAUGUUGACAUUUGAUGCUUUUUCUUGAACUUUCCUCUCCUUCUCUGUCAUCUUCUUUACACUUGCAACUGCCACCACAUGUCUGUGUCCUUGGUGCUCAUUCUAGACUACAUCUUAUUGUUGCUGUGCUUCUAAAUGGUGCGGAUGACACAUUUCAGGCCACAUUUUGACAUCAUCGACUGACAUGAAAAGACAGGGUGCGCUCCUCUCGCACUUGUAAAUCGGCCGACGUAUUAAGCACCUCCGAAAUGGAUUUCUUAAAUAAUGCAACAACUCUUCACAACAUUUUUUCCCCUCUUCAUGUGCCAAGACUGAUUACAAAAUCGCAGUGCACUUGUGUGGUGAUUAGCAAAAGCCAUGUUGUUGCUUCAACAUUCUUCAUGUGGUCAUAGUUGUGGGAACCAAAUAAAGCAGAAGAAAAGAGAAAGACCGGCCCUGAACGCCUUGAAACUAAAGCUCCAUCAAGCAGUAUGGUGGUGGUGGUGCAGGAACUCGACACACUUGGUAUCAGCCAACUGAAUUUCAUGCUCGAGCUCAUGUCUAACACUUCAUAUAAAAUUCUUUGUUUUCUUGUUUUGUAUUCUCUGUAUAUAGAAGAGGGUAUAGAGAUAAGAAGUAGCUGUAAUGUAUCAUACCAGUUUUAUUAAAGGCAUUGUACAAAAGA